UGCAAUGUUGAGCCAGAUCCUUUCCUGGCUAGGCCCAUGAAAACUUGAAGUUGCAGGUUGCAGCAUUUGCAACUGAAAGAAACCCCUUGCAGGACGCAUCUUGUGACGCUUUUUAGGAGCCAAGAACUGCACAACGGCUCCUUUCUGUGCGCAGGUACUAUCCAGCAGCCAUGCCUCGCUCUCAGAAAAAUGACAACUUCAUUGACAAGACGUUCACCAUUAUCGCGGACAUCCUGUUGCGCACAAUGCCGACGAGCUCCCGCGAGAAGGAGGCAUUUGCGUACUACAGGGACGGCAUGUCUGCGCAGGCUGAGGGCGAGUAUGCAGAGGCCCUGCAGAAUUACUACGAGGCGAUGCGCCUAGAAGUCGAUCCCUAUGACCGCAGCUACAUCCUGUACAACAUCGGGCUCAUUCACACCAGCAACGGCGAGCACACGAGGGCGCUUGAGUACUACUACCAGGCGCUGGAGCGAAACCCUGCACUGCCGCAGGCGCUGAACAACAUUGCAGUGAUUUGCCACUACAGGGGCGAGCAGGCAAUUGAGCAGGGCGAGCCCGAGCAAGCGGAGUCACUCUUUGACCAGGCGGCCGAGUACUGGAAGCAGGCGUUGAGCCUCGCCCCAACCAAUUACAUGGAGGCGCAGAAUUGGCUGGUGGUCACGGGGCGGUCCAACCCGGGGGAGAACAUGUCGUCAGGCACUCUGAGGGCUAGGGCUAAUUUCAGCGAGAGAAACAGCAAUGAGUUCAAGCUGGACGGCAUGAAGACUGAUGCCUUCACGGGGGCUGCGGACAACGCACCGGUAGACAGGAAGUCUGUAGACUACCAGCCGCCGUUGGGCCAGCCAAACCCCGAGAACCCUGUUGUGUUCUUGGAUGUCAAGCUGGGACGUGGAGACGGGAAGCAACUUGGACGGAUCGUUAUUGAGUUGAAGAAGGACGUCGUCCCCAAGACUGCGGAGAAUUUCCUCCAGCUGUGCCAGCAGCCGGCGGGUCAGGGUUUCAAGGAAUCAAGGUUCCACCGCAUUAUCCCCGGCUUUAUGUGCCAAGGUGGGGACUUCACGGAUGACAAUGGAACGGGCGGUCGCUCCAUCUAUGGCGACAGCUUCCCGGACGAGGACUUUUCUCUGAAGCACACCGGGCCAGGUGUUCUGUCUAUGGCGAAUGCUGGACCUGACACCAAUGGGUCCCAGUUCUUCCUCUGCGUUGCCUCGACGCCUUGGUUGGACGGAAAGCACGUCGUCUUCGGGCAGGUCAUUGAGGGCUACGAAGUCGUGAAGGCGAUCGAGGCCAUUGGGAGCCAGAGCGGGGAGACGUCCGAGGACGUCAUGAUUGCCGACUGCGGCGUCGUGUCAGCCAAGGUCACGGCCCACGUGGUCGCCCCUGCGACGCUCCCGCGGGCCCCGCUCCGUUCGGCCCCUGUCUCCCCAGCCUGGGCGAGGUCAUCUCUGGGUGGAGCCGCUUUCCAAACGGCUUCGGAUGUUGCCCACGGUGUUCGGACGGGGGUUGUUCCUAGGGCGGCGGUCCGAACGUCCGCUCCUAGGGUGGCCCGGUUCGUGCCGGCGGUGGUUGUUGCUGCCGGGACCGCGCCUCAGUUGGCGCGCUCGUUUGUUGCUGGAGCCAGGAUGCCCGUUCGAGCCUUCGCCUUUGCAUAACGAGUGCACCAUGGAUUAUAAAUUGGACAUAUGAUACGGGCCUCUGAAGUCAUAGGUUUUCGUACCCGUCCACGUUGAGGCGUCAUUUGGUCUCGCAUAGAAGCACAAGUUGUGAAGCAACCACAAGGUUGUCUAGAAGUUUGCAGAUUAUUUCGUACAUGAGGGUUGCAUGAGAACAUUGCGUGCAGGAGAUGUUUGGUCAGGCGCUGAAUUGGGGGCCCCGGAUCCAGAAUUAUUCGCUUCAACAUUGUAUUGAAAAUCUCGUCGGCAUGGCCGGCCAGGCUAAUCAAUCCGACGGACUCACCGACCAAUUAAGGCUCAGUGGUUUGUAGGACGACUGCAACUGCACGCAC